AAAGCCUUCUCUCGCGUGCACUAAUGUGUACGUAAUGAGCAAAAGUAAAGGACCCUACAUAAGUGUUGCGUUUGUUUAAAAAUAAAAGUGCGACAGUGUGUACGUGUGUUUUGACGUAUUAGUUUGCGGCGUGCCGGUAUACCGCUUUCAUACCUUCUGCACCUGAACAAUGACAUCGUUUCAACGACCAAACACAAUGCAUUGUAAAAAUAUCGACAGUGAUGCGAAAACAUAUCAGACAUACGCAAAAAGGAGAGAUUACGAAUGGCAAAUAGUAUGGAGAAACGUCUUGGCUUUCAUUUAUUUGCACGUCGCAUCCUUGUACGGCGUUUACCUCAUAAUUACAUUGAAAUCUAAAAUAUGGACGCUGCUAUUCGCUGUACUUUUCGCAUCUUUGUCGGCAAUGGGAGUAACAGCGGGCGCGCACAGACUAUGGGCACACAGAGCAUAUAAGGCUAAAUGGCCCCUGAGACUCUUUUUAGCAGUGUUGCAAACAAUGGCCUUCCAGAACCAUAUAUAUGAAUGGGUGCGGGACCACAGGGUACAUCACAAGUUUACGGAAACGGACGCUGACCCGCACAACGCCAAACGAGGAUUUUUCUUCUCGCACAUAGGCUGGCUGAUGGUGAGGAAACAUAAGGACGUAUUUGAAAAAGGCGCCACCGUUGACAUGUCAGAUUUGGAAAAAGACCCUAUUGUUAUGUUUCAAAAGAAAACGUAUCUUAUAGUUAUGCCGAUACUAUGCUUUUUGCUUCCCGCUUGGAUACCAGUGAAGUUGUGGGGGGAAAACCCAUGGUAUUCCUGGUACGUUGCCGCCAUGUUCCGCUACACGUUGUCGCUGCAUUUCACGUGGCUCGUCAACUCUGCGGCUCACAUCUGGGGCAACAGGCCAUACGACAAAUAUAUAGGCGCUACUGAUAACAAAACCGUUGCAAUUUGCGCUUUUGGCGAGGGUUGGCACAACUAUCAUCACGUGUUUCCCUGGGAUUAUAAGGCAGCUGAGCUUGGACACUAUAGCACAAAUAUUUCUACAGCUCUUAUUGACUGGGCAGCAAAGUACGGUUUAGCGUACGAUUUGAAGACCGUAUCUGGAGACAUGAUCCGUAAAAGGGUAUCAAGAACUGGUGACGGCUCCCAUCCUUUAAGUAAAGGAGAGGCAAAUUCAAAUGAAGAUCACCACCACCCGGAGAAUCCAGUGUGGGGUUGGGACGAUGAGGAUAUGCCAGAAGAGGAUAGAAAAUUAGCCGAAAUAACAAACAAAUCGGACUGAACGCUUAAAGCGUAGAGUAUAUUUUUCUGUAAAUUUUGUACCAAAUUAUUUUAAUGAAACAUUAACUUAUUGCUUACAACAUAAUAACGGGGUAGCAAACACGUUGUACUUAAAAAAAAAACAGAACAAGAUAAUUACCGUGAAUAGUACAACAAUGAAAGGGUCAGUAUUAUGUAAUCCGUGUAUUUAUCUGUAGAAAUUUAUUUAUUUAUAUAUUUUAUAUUUUCCUUGAAUAUGUAAGGAAUGAAAAAUAUCUGCAAACCCAAAUCUAAGUGUGUGUGCGUGUGCAUGCGUGGUUGCAUGUGCAUGCGUGGUUGCGUGCGUGCCUGUUUAUGUGGUUGUGUGUUAGCUUGUACGUGUGAGAACGAGCACGCCUGCGCGCUUUCUCGCGUUUGUGUGUGCGUGGAUGUUGUUGCGUGUGUGCGUUCAUGCGCGCGCGCAUUUGUGUGUGUGUGUGUGUGUGUGUGUGUGUGUGUGUGUGUGUGUGUGUGUGUGUGUAUGUGUGUUUAUAUUUGUAAAGGAAUUGUUUGGCACAAGUCAAUUUAAAUGCUCAAAUUAUUAUAUUUUAAAACUCCGACAAAUAUUCUUGAAAAGCUCUCAUUGGUCUAUAUAAUUAUUAGAAUUUGCAGUUUGUUCCUAUUAUUCUCUAUAAUUAUUUCUUUAUAAUUAUAAAUAUUUACUUAUGAUUUCGUAUACGUAACUUAAAAAUAAACAAUAGUGCAAAAGUAAUAGAAUUUCGCUUUUAAAUAAAAUUAUUUUAUAAGAGUUUUAUCUCGUAUAUUAAUUUAUUUUUCCCGACGUUUCGAGUACUUUACAGUAUCCAUGUCUCCCCCGUGAAAAUGGGUGCUGGAUGAUCCGGUGUUAUCGCCUUUGCAGCUAGAUCUAUGAUCUUCGCAUGUAGAGUCGUAUCCCUAUACGAGCAUUUAAGAAGGCGUGACACCAUAGUGUCAAUUACGAUCACGACACGCUAUUACAUGAAUAUAUGAAUAGUUUUUUUUUUUAAAUUGAAGUGUUUUUGUAUGGUAAAAACGGCACAAAAGCACUUUGAAUAAUCGGGAUUUAGAUCGCAGUGAUUGUGACCGUAUUUCGCAACAAAAAAAAAAAUGCAGAAAAUUCGAUUCGUAAAAUGUUGUGUGUUUUUGUUUUGUUAAACAUAAAACAUUACAUUCAGCUAUUAUUGCUUUUAGUGUAUAAUUAUGUCGGAAAAAUAUAGUAAAAAUGUAUAUAUUUAAUUACAAUGUUACUGAAGUGUUAUGAGUAAAUUAAAAUGUUAAAAUUAUUAAUUAAAUCUCACUAGCAAACUAAAUAAUUGUUAAAGUUAUAAAAACCAGAUAAAUUUAUUUUAAACCUUUACCACUUUCAGUAAAUAUCAUAAACUUUUUUUGUUAUAGCACCUCCUUGUAAUGUUUUCUAGGGACGGUUUUUAAUACAUAUAUUAUGAAUGUUAUGUUAUCUUAAUUUGUAACUAAUAAUUAUGGUGACAAAUUGUGGCGACAAACAACGAUCGUAAAAGUGUCAAAAUAAUAAUUUUAAGAACAUUAAUUACUAAGCUUAAUGUAAUAUAAAAUAUAUACUUUUUAAAUAUUAAAAAUGUACGAGUAAAUGUCGUUUGAUGUGUUGUAAAAUGUAGUAUUUAUUUUUAUUAUGUAGAAUGUUAAACUCGUCUAUUAUAAGGUGAAAUAAAGUGCAUGGUGGUAAAUGGUAAUGCUAUU